AUGGAAUUAGCUUUAUGUAGCACACCCAUUGCUAGACGGUGCGCAUAUAUGGGCGCGCAAACCAACGGCGGUCUGCUGAAACCAAUUUGGGACGCUGCGUUCAAGCCUUGGAGGCUCAACAAAGAAUUAAUUGUAAAUUGUAACCUGAUUCCACUAUGCCAAUAUAUAUGGGAGUUAAUUUCUGACCACAAGGCUACUUUUACCACGGUAUCACACCUUCAACUUGGGUUAUGUGUAUUGCUGAGUAAACAAUAUGAGCUUCUAUACCAGAAGUCUAUCAAUUUAUCCCGUUUGUUAACCUCAGGUCAGCAAGAAAAGACCCAAAAUAUCAAAAAACUGACAGAUGCCCCCAAACCCAGUAAAAAAAAUAAUCAUAGAAAGAAGUUGUUAAAGGCACUAGCAGAUAAAGAACGUGUUACAGAUGAAUUGAUACCCAUUGAUAAUGACAUUUUACCCAAAUCUGAAGAUUUGCAAUUGGUGCCGUACACCAUAGAGAUGAUGAGUCUAGUGGAUCAAUCGCAAAAUUUAGCUUCAGAAUCUAACACCAAUGAUAACUACUGGACACUAUUGAUAAACGAGUUAUCAUCACUAAAUGAGGAUGACAAAACAACAUUCAUCGACUCAUUGAUUAAUGAAAAUAAUUGGAGCCUAAAUGAACAGGAUAGGGAUAUUACCUAUCAUUAUGAUGAUUUGGACAACAUUUUUAACGAUCCAUUAUCAGGGGAGAAACUAACACCAGUGCCAUACUUUGCGAAUCUAAACGAUAUCAAUAAAGAUGACAGCGACAAAUUGUCAAUUAUAGAAAUUGAUAAACCAACACGAAAUUUGUAUAGCCGCGAAAAAAAACUUUUAAAGUAUGACAACCACGUGUUUACCCCCAAGGUGCGCAAGAAGAAAAAAUUAUACAUUACAAAUGAUCAACAAACUCUAUUCGAUACAUUCGAAUCAACUGAGAGCUUCUCAAUCACUCCCUUAACCAAGGCAAUAACCGAUUCAAUAAUCAAGACCCCAGCCACAUCACUCAAAGAAUUAACAAAGGUUAAUUCUUUGAAUGAUAAAACAGAAGUAAUCGAACGCGCAUUAUUAAAAUUAGUAGAUGAAGCCGUUACCAAGCAAGACACGUUGGACGAAUGCCACAUCGAAGCGAACAAAUCACAGUGUAUAUUCGAUGAAUAUAUCGAAGUGUCUAAGGAAAAUUUUCUUUAUGAUCUAAUAUCAUCAUCAACUAGGAAGUUGCUUAGUUCCUAUAAUGAGUGUUUGGGGCCGGGAAAGAAGCUGGAUUUUACCACUAUAUCAGAGAAUUAUAAACGCGAAGAGGCAGCGUUAAUGUUUUAUCGCACUUUGCUGCUGGCUAAUGGCGGACUGGUGGACUUACACCAGGAAUAUUCAGAUUAUGCCUUCAAUCCCAUCUACGUUACUACACUCUAA